AUGAUAAAUUGCAAAACGUUCCAAAAAAACGCUUAUUACCGCGAAGAAGUUUUACACGACUUGGGAGUUUAUGAUAACCGAGAGAAAUUUGUCAUUGCUCAACUAGCUGGUUCCGAAUUGCACAAUCUUCUUUUCACCUGUGAAGUCUUGCAAGAUUACGUUGAUGUUUUCGACUUAAACUGUGGUUGCCCACAAGCUAUCGCAUUUAGAGGCAAGUACGGCAGUGCUAUGCUGAAAGACACAAAAAAAUCGCUUACGGUGAUUGAGCAACUUGUUAAACUUGUGAAAAAACCUAUUUCCAUUAAGUUGAGGAUCGUAGAAGACGAAGCUUUAUUAAACAACUUACCAAAAAAAUUGUUAAAUGAUUCGGAACACACUAAUCAAACUUUGAUAUCUGAAAUAAGUGGAAACGAUAUUGCGUAUGUAAACAGAUUUAGAUUUGACGAAUUAUCGAAAGUGUACGAAAAAACCAUCGCAUUUUGUCGAAGUUUGGAAACUUUAGGUAUUUGUUUUUUGACAAUACAUGCAAGAUCGAGUAAGAACAAAAGUAACGCACUAUACGCUGCGGACUGGGACUUAAUAGCUUAUCUAGUCAGCGUCCUUAAUAUUCCUGUAGUCGCUAACGGUUCGGUUUGCAGUAAAACUACAGCCGAUGAAUGUUUGGAGUUCACCAAAGCAGCAGCUGUUAUGUCUGCUGAAAGCCUGCUCUACGAUCCAACGUUGUUUUACGAAAAUACUAGACCAAGUAAGAAAGAUUUAAUACUCGAACUACUAGAAAUGUAUAAGCAUACAAAAAAAUACUCUUUGGGUACGUUGCGCAAUCAUAUGUUCAGAUUAAUGUUCAACUAUUUUGAAUUGAAUCCAGCUGAAAGAAAAGUGUUACAACAGUUGAACGAUUUUGAUGCUAUUUAUAAAUGGGUUGCAAACAUUGAUUGCCUAGAUUCAAGUCGUGACACGAAUUGUUAUCAUGCUUAUUUUAGACAUAAUUUGGCCAAGAAAACUUAG